AUGGGAGACUUCCCACCACCGGAACGAACGAGCGUGAAGGCGUCCGAACUCGUGCAUCGCGCCGUGGACAAGAGCUAUGAGGAUUUCCGAACGCUUAUGCAUCAGUUGCCUACAAUGCGCGAAGAGAAGCGACGCGAGCCGUUGCUGACUCAUUUGCAGACUUCCCGUAAGCGUUUUGCGCAGCUAUUAGCGGUACUGAAGUGGUCGGUGCAGUCGCCGCUGCUGCAACAAUGUGACUCGUUGUUGCAGCAAACGGAAAGAUACCGUAACAACGUCAAUGAGACGAAUGAUCGACUAUUUUUCAUGCAUACGGAUCUCAAUCGUGCCAAGGAACGACGGUACGACCUCAGUACUACCGUCGACGUGUUGUACGGUGGUAGUUAUCUGCGAUUGCCCACUAUCAUUAAGAACGCCAUGUUUCCGCGUGAAUUACCUGAAGUGAAUACGGAUGAGGCAGCAAUGGAGGUAGCGGACAUUAUCCGCUUCCGUCUUAUUGGAGAGGAGAUUCCAGAGCAGGUCUCAAACAUUAAACUGGAAGGAGGUUUUGUCACAUGUCAAGUUGAAGGAGAAUUUGAAAUUGUGUUGACCAUUCAGGGAAAAGAAAAUGACGCCAAGUGGCGUGUUAUCAGUGUGAAUACGCCGCUUACAGAACCGAAAGCAUUUGAAGACCACGCGCAGGCAGCGUCCACUAGUGCUCUGCGAAUUAUUCGCACAAAUUCGCCAAGUGCAGCACAUUACAAUCAUUUGAAGAACCUUGUGCAACGUGCCAUGAACAAGUCUGAGAAGCCGUUCGUCGAUGCUUUCGUAGUGAUGCGCCAGUUUUGUUCGUCGCUUGCAUUGCAAAUCCUUGCUUCGCAAGGAAAACUGCUUACGGAAGGUCGCUGGAAGAAUCGCAUCAUGAUUAAACACCAUCGUGACCAGAACGUUUUGGACAUUUGCUACUGGCCCAAGGCUUGUACGCGGAAAGAGACACAAGCACUAACAGAUCAACAGCGGUUGAUUCAACAACUAAGCGGCCCAGGGACAACAGUACGAAAAGGAUCUGCGUUAGCGUAUCCCGGAUCGAGCUUGUGUGUUCGACUGGGUUUCGAUCCGAACAAGAAGAAGCUCCUCUCUGUUAGUCUCAAUCCGUCGCUUCCACCAAAUCUACCUGGAUAUGCCUCACUAUUGAGCGCAUUAGAGGUGCCAUCCAACAUUUUCAUGCUCAGUGCCGAGAACCUGCUCAUUGCGGCGAUGCGUGCCCACGUUUCCGCAGCUCUUUUCUCAAUAGGCAGGCUACUUGUAGUAGAUUCUCCGGAUGAGAAGGCUUCCACACAACUGGUGUCUGGAGAAAAUGUUGCUAUGGUCUGCUCAGAUACGAGUUUUCGAAUUGCACGGGCAGAUAUUGGUGGACUGCAGCAGUUUUUAGAGGUAACGUUUGACAUUCGCGAGGGUCGGUUUAUUGUGAGCGCGGUCGCUGCAGCGAAACAUUCCGCUCUUUAUACCACGGUGAAACAGUUAGAGCGGGUAUUCGAUACGCAAUGCAAAAUCGAGAUCGGAAGUAACUUUGACGAUUCGCUCCCGAGCGAUUUUGCUUUGGUUUCUGGUGACAGGAAGGGCGACAAGUCAAACGAAAUCAUACAUGCUAGUGUUCGGAAGGUCCUAUGCGAGAUCGUGGCUGGCGAGGUUGCGCAAAUCGGCUCCUCUUUUAAGGGCAUUGAAGUAUUACGCAAGGUGAAUCUGAACUGGGAGCGGUAUCUUGCUUUCCGACAGCAGCAUGGCGGACAGACUGAGGAUCUAUCAAUCUCGGACACAGCGCUGUAUUUUCAGCUGACGUCGUCCAAGGAGUCUACAUGCUACCUGGUUAUUGAGAUCGACAAGUAUGGCGAUGUGGAUGGGAUGAACGGAAAUGUACACGAAGCCGCCGAAGUAGAAGAGUACGUGCGGUUACCAUGUUUCUCGCUGCUUCAGACAAGUGCAGGCUUGCCGGGACAGCCAUCUGGUGUGCAGUUUAUCCAGCGGUUUGGCGCAUUCAAAAAGGAAGAUUUACAUCCGUCAAUCACUCGCCAUAACGAGAUUAUUGUCAGUGGUCAUCGUGGGAAUACUCGAAAGCGUCCUUACGGUUCGUUUAGCAAUGUUUUGCUUGGAAGUAAUAUGAGGCCAACCAAAAAGACGCUUCUUGAGAGUGGACGAGUACAAGAGAGCACGGGAUAUUGGCUGGACGACGCCGAGAAUCACGCAGUUUCUCACAGAUUUGUUCCUCAUAUUGCGUCAGUGUUGCUGCACGCGAUCAAUAUGUGCAGUGAGAGAAUUCAAUUGCAACACUUCGUGAACUUUGCUCGGCGGCGCAAGUCCAGGAUUCGCUACUCAGGCGAAGCUGGUACGUCAAACGGGGAGGGUACAGGUGGUCAAGUAGUCACGCUUUCGUUCCCGGAAAAGGUCAACACGGAUCCCUUGAGGAUCGCAGCUAUCCAAGGCCACCUGAAGCAUGGGGGAGGAUUCGAGUUGUGUCUUCAGAUGGCCUCGGCGCCGUUUAAGUUUAUCUUUCCGAAGAAACCAAAACAGCACUUGUUAUCUGAGUGCUCGCACUAUGUUAAUGCACGAGGUCAAUUGAUCUUCAAGUACCCAACAACGUUGGUUACUAGUGAUCUUUUUGGUGAGAACCCACUAGAAUUGUUCAUGGUUGAGCUGAUUUGUGUCGUGCGGCCGCUCUGUGAACUCGCAGUAAAGUUGGAGAAAAUGAUGACCGCUGUUGGGCGCUACACGAAUGACAUUAAAAGUGAUGGAUAUUUCUACGUUGAAAGCGCCGACCCAUUUGCGAUUGUGCUGGCUUGCCGAGCACCAAAUCCAAGGCAUUGCAUUGCUGCUGGGUCAUCGCCGGAUGGCAUGACGACGUAUCGCGUGACCGUGCAGUUCAAGCAGAAAAUGGGAUUUGUAGUUAACUACAGCCAUAAAGCCGAACACCCGCUGAUGCACUUUAUCCAGUCGGCGCUGAAUGGACACAGCGACCCAGCACAAUUUGUUGAAGCGCUGGAGCGUACAUGCAUUCCGAUGGGAAUUUUGGCGAGCGUUGUAGAGUCCCAGCUACUUUGCGCUAAAUACUAUCGGCAAGACUCUCUGCCCAUUGCGAAGGAAGAUGCAGCCAAUGGAGGCCCAAAAGCUUUUGGUCGGGGCAAGAUGGGUGGAAAGGGAAUGAAAUUGGGCUACAAAUUCAAACUUCCAGGCGAAGAGAAGGGUUACUAUGCUGAAAAGUCUUACGGUGGUGAUGACAAGUCUUUCGUGCCUGCCGAACUGGUAAUGAUCCCACGGUCGCAAACACAGGUCCGCCUAUCCUAUGGUGACCGCUGCGCAGUAGAUAUUUAUUUCCUGGAGAAUCGUUCGGUGAAGAUGCAGAGCGCUAUGGGAGGCGUACGCGUCCCCAGUUGUCCGUCUGAGAAGGGCAUCGUCGCGGAUCGUCAGAAUUUUGCUGAUAAGCUGCGCAGCACGUUAUCGGAAAUGGCAUCGGUUUAA